GCGGGCUGUGCGCCAUUGGCCAAAGGGCCGGGCGGCAGGAAGGGGCCAGAACGCGCGGUCCCACCCCGCGGCGGCCGAGCCUAUCGCCGGCAGCGCGGAGCGCGGAUAAAUGUAGCGCCGCGGCGCGGGCCGCCAGCUCUCGGAGGAGCCGAGCCAUGCAGUUCCCGCACCCCGGGUCCGCCGCGGCCAGCGCCGUCGGGGUGCCCCUGUACGCGCCCACGCCGCUGCUGCAGCCCGCGCACCCCACGCCCUUCUACAUCGACGACAUCCUGGGCCGCGGGCCUGCCGCGCCCACCCCCGCCCCCACGCUGCCGUCCCCCAACUCCUCCUUCACCAGCCUCGUGUCCUCCUACCGGACCCCGGUGUACGAGCCCACGCCGCUGCACCCCGCUUUCUCGCACCCCCUGGCCGCCGCCGCCGCCUACGGACCGGGGGGCUUCGGGGGCCCCCUGUACCCCUUCCCGCGGACGGUGAACGACUACACGCACGCUCUGCUCCGCCACGACCCCCUGGGCAAACCCCUGCUCUGGAGCCCCUUCUUGCAGAGGCCUCUGCACAAAAGGAAAGGUGGUCAGGUGAGGUUCUCCAAUGAUCAGACCAUCGAACUGGAGAAGAAGUUUGAGACCCAGAAAUAUCUCUCACCGCCUGAGAGGAAGCGUCUGGCCAAGAUGCUGCAGCUAAGUGAGAGACAAGUCAAAACCUGGUUUCAGAAUCGACGGGCUAAAUGGAGAAGACUGAAACAGGAGAAUCCGCAAAGCAAUAAAAAAGAAGAACUGGAAAGUUUAGACAAUCCCUGCGACCAGAGGCAAAACUUGCCCAGUGAACAGAAUAAAGGUGCUUUGGAUGGCUCUCAAUGUUCACCCUCCCCCGCCUCCCAAGAAGAUCUUGAAUCAGAGAUUUCAGAGGAUUCUGAUCAGGAAGUGGACAUUGAGGGAGACAAAGGCUAUUUUAAUGCUGGAUGAUGACUGCUGACAUUCGCAGGCUCAGAAAAGUGGAUUUAGGAGUAACAACUGCCACAGAAAGUCUCUACGGUUGAACUGGAAAGCCAAAUGAAAAAGGGAAUCAAUUUUCUGAUUUUCUGCAAACCUAAAAUAUUUGGCACACUGACUAAAUAACAAAUUCACAUCGGAAAGUUAAUUGUACCUUAAGAAAUGGUUUAUAAAGUACCAAUUUUAGGUUACAUGAUAGUCACUCUCUACUAAUUAGUGCAGUGCCCCUUUUAAAUACAUUUUGUAUUUAUAAAAAGUAAUUUUGAAUUUUUGUUAAAUUUAAAGUUAUAACUUAAAAAAUAUUAAUAGGGUUUUUUUUUUGAAUAGUUUUUCUAUAAUCUAUAUAUUCCCACCUAAUGGAAAAAACAAAGGAGCAGCAGGUGUAAACAUUAGAAUGGGGGUCCACAUUUUAAGUCCAAGUCCACUUUCAGAACUCUUGCCUUAGAGAUCUAUGCUCUUUUUGUCUGAUAGCUGAGAUGACAAUCUUAAGUGCUGUUUUUGCACUGUGACUCAGUACCUGUUGGACCAAGGUGUUAAGGAUAUAGUACAAUCCAAUUCAAGCAACAAAACUGACUCGGUGACUAAAAUUAGUCGCUGAUAAAUUAAGAGUAGCAGAUUCUAUGUAAGUAGGUUGUAGAUAAUCAUGUUUUAUAUGCGCGUGUAUAAUGUGUAUAUAUAAAAUUGUUCACUGUAAAAAGAAAAUGGUCAAAAUGGUAUGUGCGUUUUCAGUGAGAAACUUGUUUAUAAAAUAAAUCUGUUGGUGGGAUGACCGA